CAAAUUCAUAGCAACCAAACAAAGAUCGAAGCUUCGCCCCGAGCGCGAUAUAUACAUAUAUAUAUAUAUAGAGAGAGAGAGAGAGAGAUUCAUCGCCCGUCCAAAACCCCCAAGAAAACCCUAGGUUCCUCAUCUCUCUCUCUUCUCUCUUUAUUUGCAGUUGGCUGUUUGGUCCUCAGGUUGAUGUCUAUGACCUGAUCUCUGGAUACAUUCUCAGGGCAGUGUGAUGGAUGCUUAUACUUAAUGUGAGGUUGGGGCGUUUUUCCUUUUACUCUUUUCCAUUCAGCCGAUACCAUUGGUUUCGGUUAAGCAGAAGCAAAGGUGGAGGGACAGGAGAAGGGAGAUGGGGGAGGAAGAGGGGAUAGUAAAGGGGUGUUAGGGCUCAGUCAACAGCGAGAAGGCCAUCAUCAACCAGCGUCAAAGAGGAGGAGCUUCCCUGCAAUUGUGCCUUGCCAAUAAGUUUUCUGGAUUGAUCAACGAUGAAGCUACUAGCUGCUAGUUGGAAAGGACAAGAUCCCCUUUUGUACAUUUCUACUGGUCCAGAUAUUCGAAUAAUGAAUGAAAGACCAGAAGAUUGGAUCCAGAAAGCACUUCCGGCAGGGUUGAUGGUUGUGUGGCCCUCAAGCUGGAAGUAGGAAAUCAAUCUUGGCAUGACUGAUGACUUAGUCUCCUUCUCCUCUUUGACUCAACCACCUGCUCCUCAGAUUGCCAAAAAGGCGGGCAAACUGAGAAGGACCAGCAAUCUCAUAGCCAGACUGACCUUUAUUCGGAGAUCAGCCAAGUGUAAUUGGCUAUUGUCAUCGAUGCUUCAUCAUUAUUUAGGACACCCGAGGAACAACUUUCACAUGCAGAUCAAUCAUAAUUGAGGAAUUAAAUCGUGACCAGAAUAUGCUACCUUCUUUUUAUGGCAUUCUAUUAAAGCAAUAGUUUCUUUAUGAUCCCAAGGAAACCCGGAACUGCCCAACUUGGAGGUGAUCCUACAUCUAGGGAUUUCUAUUCUAACUAAAGGCAGUUCAAAACUCAAUUUGAUUAAAUUCUUUAGUUGCAGUCUGAAGAAAACAUGUUCCCUUGGUUGGAUCUGCUGAUCCUUGACUUCAGAAUCAUGGAUUUGGAAGAUAAAUUUCUUGCUAAAGUAGGUAUGUUUUUGCCACCAGUUUCUGGCAUUCAAAGUCUUUCUUCCAGUGUACAAAGCACCCCAGAGAAAAAUGGACACGUAGAUGAUGCUUCGAGAAGUCCAGAACUUUUACAAGAAUUUCUGAAAUCAGGUACCAAAAAGGACCUCUCAGGGGUUUGUGUUGAUAAGGAAAAGAAAUACACAGCUUCAUCUAAAUGCAAAAUGACUGAACAAUCUCCAAAGACUAAAAAGAAAAAUUUGAAGGAUCAACCUUCUUCCAGAAAACAUCAGAGAAAGGGGGAAAACCCUAUUCGAAUUCCACCAGUUUCAGAGCAAAACUUUAAUGUUAGGCAUUCAAAUGCUUGGAUCUGUAAGAAUGCUGCAUGCAGAGCCACUCUGUCUACAGAUGACACUUUCUGCAAGAGGUGUUCUUGUUGUAUAUGUCACUUGUUUGAUGACAACAAGGAUCCCAGUCUCUGGUUGGUAUGUGCAUCUGAAUCUGGUAACGAAGACUCCUGUGGUUUAUCCUGUCACAUAGAGUGCGCAGUCCAACGGGAGAAGGUGGGUGUUGUUAAUCUGGGGCAAUUGAUGCAACUGGAUGGUAGUUAUUGCUGUCCAUCCUGCGGUAAAGUUUCAGGGAUACUUGGUUGUUGGAAGAAGCAAUUGAAUAUAGCAAGGGAUGCUCGAAGGGUUGAUGUUCUAUGUUACAGGAUAUUCCUGAGUUACAGGCUCCUGGAUGGGACUUCCCGGUUUAAAGAACUGCAUGAAAUUGUUAAAGAUGCCAAGGCCAAAUUAGAAACAGAGGUGGGCCCAGUCAACGGAGUCUCAGCCAAGAUGGCACGGGGAAUUGUCAGUAGACUUUCUAUUGCAGGUGAAAUGCAAAGGCUAUGCUCUCUUGCAAUUCAGAAAGCAGAUGAAUGGUUGGUUGCUGUUUCAAAUGCAAACCCCAACUGCGGAGAAGGCUCACUUCCUGCCGCUUGCAGAUUCCACUUUGAAGAAGUGACAUCUUCUUCAGUUGUGAUUGUUUUGAUAGAAUUGCCUACUGCCUCAAGUGAUGAUAUUAAGGGAUACAAGCUCUGGUAUUGUAAGAGUAGAGAUGAAACACACCCUAAAGAGCCUAUUUCCAUUUUUUCCAGAGCACAGAGAAGGAUGUUGAUAUCCAAUUUGCAACCCUGCACAGAGUACUCAUUUCGGAUAAUUUCUUACACACAAGCUGGUGACUUGGGACAUUCUGAGGCAAAGUGUUUCACCAAGAGUGUGGAGAUACUUCACAAGAAUCCCACCUCAACUGCAGUAAACCAUAAAAAGGAGAAGCCCCAAACUGGAGGAAGUUCUGAUGUCACCAGGGAGCCUAAGACUACAGCAGCUGUUGGAUCUUCUUCUGGUUUCAAGGUCCGAGACCUUGGGAAGGUACUGCGCCUGGCUUGGGCUCAAGAACAAGGCUGCUUUGAGGAUUAUUUAUCUGGCAUAGAUAUAGAGGAAUGCUGUGGAGUUAAUGUGAUUAAUCCCGCUGAAACUGCCAAAGAUCAGUUGCCAUCUUUUUCACAUGGGCUCGACUUAAAUGUUGCUUCGGUGCCUGAUCUAAAUGAAGACCUAACUCCUCAUUUUGAAUCCUCCAGGGAUGAAGACAACGGAUGCACUUUGGGUCAGGCUGUUGAGGCCGAUGAUGAUGCUGUUUCCCAUGAUAUUGGGAAGAGUAGUCUAGCAAGAUCUCAUGGCAGUGGUGACUCCCAUAAUUGGACCCAAGGGGGCACCGGUGGAGAAGUCCCUGCUGUUAACUCCCGGGGGGAACCAUGCAGGAAGAGGGCAAUAAGUGCAAAUGAAGAGACACAUGAAUGUAACAGCACUCUUGUAAACGGGUCACCAUUCAGAAUAUCCAAUGGGUUGGGGUGCUUGGAUGAGAAUUUUGAGUACUGUGUGAAAAUCAUUCGGUGGCUGGAAUGUGAAGGUCAUAUUAAACAGGAAUUCAGGAUGAAGUUGUUAACAUGGUUUAGCUUGAGGUCAACUGGGCAAGAACGCAGGGUGGUCAACACCUUCAUUCAAACUUUGAUAGAUGAUCCAAGUAGCUUAGCAGCACAAUUGGUUGAUUCCUUUUCAGAUAUCGUAUCCAGCAAGAGGCCAAGGAAUGGUUUCUGUAGUAAACUGUGGCAUUGACCGUGGAGAAGACAUUCUGGCAGAAAGGAUUGCUCGUUAAGUUAAAAUCUUUGUCUUGAACCUCGACAAGUUAGUGCUGGUUUGGUUAUCUUGCCAAUUAUUUGUACAGGCAUUUCUUAAUCACACCAUUGGAGGUGAUUCAUCUGUUCAAUUAGAUGAUUUUGAUUGCUUUGAUGAGAAGCAGUGAUGUUGAAAUCUAGUACAUUUAGAUUAGGAGACUGUAUUCGUUGCCAUCAAUUAUAUGUAGACCGGUGACUGAAUGAUCUGCAGUGCACUGUACCGUUCCUGCUUAUCCUUAAUUUAUAUGCGUAUUAUCAAUUUUAAACAUAGACAGAAGUUUCAAGUUUGA